AGGCAUCGGGCCCCCGGGCGGGGCAACAGGCAUCGGGUCCCCAGGCGGGGCAACCGGCAUCGGGCCCCCAGGCGGAGCGGCGGGCGCCGGGCCCCCAGGAGGGGCGACAGGCAUCGGGCCCCCAGGCGGGGAGACAGGCAUCGGGCCCCCAGGCGGGGCGACAGGCAUUGGGCCCCCAGACGGGGCGGCGGGCGCCAGGCCCCCAGGAGGGGCGACAGGCAUUGGGCCCCCAGGCGGGGCGACAGGCAUCGGGCCCCCAGGCGGGGCAACAGGCAUCGGGCCCCCAGGCGGGGUGACCGGCAUCGGGUCCCCAGGCGGGGCAACAGGCAUCGGACCCCCAGAUGGAGCGACAGGUCUCGGGCCCUCAGGCGGAGCGGCGGGCGCCGGACCCCCAGGUGGAGCGACAAAUCUCGGGCCCUCAGGCGGAGCGGCGGGCGCCGGACCCCCAGGCGGAGCGGCGGGCGCCGGACCCCCAGGCGAGGAGCGGCGGGCGCCGGGCCCCCAGGCGGAGCGACAGGUCUCGGGCCCCCAGGCGGAGCGACAGGUCCCGGGCCCUCAGGCGGAGCGGCGGGCGCCGGACCCCCAGGCGGAGCGACAGGUCUCGGGCCC